AUGGUGUGUCUUUUCGAUAUUUUCAGCUACAAAAUGGCGGCCCAUGUGCAAGAACGGAACAGUUGCAACAAUGCUCAGCUUUAGCGAGUUCAUGCUGUAACAUUAAAAUGUUUCCAUCAAGUUCUCCUCGUAUGCGACACGGCAUACCUCAAACUGAGCUGAACGCACAUAUACACAGAGGGGUGCAGGUCACUCACCAUGGUUUUACUCAUGAAAAUGCACCUCACGUUCAGCACAUUGGCCUUCCGCCACCACCGAAUUUCUCACAGGUAUUCCAGCAUGGACCCCCAAACAUGACAGUGGGGAGACCGCCGAUGGCUGGACCUGAUGUCCCCUUUUUUGAUGCACAGCCACCAACUAUCAUGGGUCCGCCCCAUUCUGGGCAGCCUGUACAUCAAGCUAUGUUUCAAACGUCAAAUCCGAACUUACAGUUUCCUAACACAUCGGAUUUAGGGCCAAGGAUGCCACCGCCCUUUCCCAAUGUGAGAGAAUCGCCUCACGAGACAUUAGAUUUUAAUCAACGAGCUGAUAUGAAUAUACGAAGUGCAGCACCUCCAGGGUUUAAUCAACCACCUUUCUUGAUUGGAGAGAAUGGCAUACCUAAAAGUAACAGUUCAAACAGUAACUAUCAUUCAUUCCAACCACCACCAAUGACUUAUGGAAAUGUCACCUCCUCAAAUAUGAGAGGUCCUGGUAACAUGUCUGCAGGGAUGAUGCCUGUACAUUCAGCACAGCACAGAAUGGAUCCUAUGGACAUGAGGAACAAUAAACAUGACCAUAUGCCUGGUCACAAUAUGAUGCAGUAUCUAACAGAUGAUGAAGAUAAAUCUGACUCUUACUAUGACAAAUAUCAAAGAGAAAAUGAUCAGAAUUGGGUACAGAAUUGGUUAAAGAAACAUGGGAAAUUGAAAACAAUGCCAUUACUUAAGAAAUCUUCAGACAUAUCAACAGUGGAAUACAAGUUCCCAGAUGUCCAGAAGGCCUUCCAUCAGAGCAUCCUCCUCUUGGCCAAACUGCACCAUCAGUAUCAAUCUCUGGAGGCGCUGACCAUCACAGCUGACCCCCAGGUGUGGGAGUCAGAGAAGAAUCUGACGGAGGAGUAUAAGGACAAGUGCAUGGAUGUCUACAAGUAUCUCAACAACGACGAAAUGUUGGCAACUAUCAAGUCAAAAACACAAGCAAGACGAAGAAAGAGGAUGCGGGUAAAGAGACGCAAGAAGGAGGAGUACGAGAUGAAGGUGGCAGCAGAUGAAAAGCGAGACCAGCGUCAUAAGCAGCUGGAGGAAUGGAGGGAGAAGAUGACACAGCAGGCUGAACAUGAGAAACAGAAAGAAGAGCUGAAGAAGUCAGCUGAUGCCACUCUGAGUUCUGUCAGGAAGAAGAUCUCUGAUGCCAAGAAGACACAGGACUUCCUGAAGGCCCUCCAGAAGCUGCGGAAAGUCAGGAGAGUUGCUGCCAUAAACCAGGGCCGCUAUGCCUCGGAUGUGUAUGACAACAACUUUGAGAAGAAGAUGAAGCUGCUGACCUCACUGAUAGAGACGCAGCAGACAGUGUACGAGAGUGAGGAGAGGACGCUCAAGGUGAUGCUGGAUACAGUGGAGGAGGAGACAAUGGAGCGAGACAAGGAGAUUAAACGCUUGAAGGAACUUGCCAAGGAGAAGCGAGACAAGAAACUUGCUACGGAAAAACUGUUUGGGAAAAAAGCUGCUGUAUCAGAAGACACAGAGUUAUUUCCCUUCUAUAGCUACUACACUCAGGCUGAACACAGCAUAGAAGCACUGGUGCAGAUCAGGUCAGUUCACUGCUCCAGGGGUUUGGUUUCAGCAGAAUGGUCUGGUGCAGAUCAGGUCAGUACACUGCUCCAGGGGUUUGGUUUCAGCAGAAUGGUCUGGUGCAGAUCAGGUCAGUUCACUGCUCCAGGGGUUUGGUUUCAGCAGAAUGGUCUGGUGCAGAUCAGGUCAGUACACUGCUCCAGGGGUUUGGUUUCAGCAGAAUGGUCUGAUCCCAGAUUCAUCUGUGUUACGGCCUUUGGUCUGACACACUGGGAAGUAACUGAAAGAUACUGCUCAAAAGAAGUUAAAGAACACCCGAUUCUUUCAUAUUAUUACACUCAAUCUGUCAUGGUAUUACAGCUAUAACUGGUCAUGAAAACAUUGGAUGUUCUUUGACUUGAUUGAGUAGUACAUUGUGCACUGUGGUUUUAAUUAAAACUAACUUACUGACACAUGCAUUAUAAACAUAUCCAUGCAGUUUCGUUUGAUCAACGUAGAGACACUAUAAAAAUUUGCUCAAAAUGUAAAGAAUAUGUACCAUAUUCACUGUAAUAAGCGCCCUGCAUCAAUACCUAACCCCUGACCAACUUCUAGUCCAGUCUGUAAGUAAUAUUUAUAAGUGUGCCUGCAUGUUGCUAUAUAAGUGCAAUAAUCUUGGACGCGAUGUUAAAUAUUUCGCCUCAUCCCACCUAGUAACUAUUAUCAAAAAUGUUUAAGAUUCAUCAGCGUUUGAAUGUAGGUUUGUUCACAAAUGCUUGAUCCCUGAAAAAUGAACUUGUUUCAGGUCUUAAUAAGGGACCUCCUUUGACAAUAUGUGGUGAAUACAGCAAUGUAUUACUGGUACACAAUACCUCAAAACAAUCACUCCUUACUUUUCCCUGAUUAUGUUUCUAGGUUUGUUAGCACCAUACCCAUGCUCGAGGGUUUCACCAAAGUGGUAAACGUCUGAGACCUUAAUCACUUCGGGCUUUCCUCCCACAUAAAGCUGACAUUCCAUGAUAUAACUGAAAUACUGUUAAAAGCGGCGUUAAACCCAACUCACUCACUCACUUACUCACUUACUUGUCAGUUUGUAAAAGUGUUAUGUUUCGUCACGAUACUACUGUCAGAGGCAAACAAUUAAUGUAAUGUUGGUUUGUGGUACAACUGGGCUUGUUGUG